UCGUGCAUGCGUCGUGCGUGCGUAACUGAGGUAAUGGAGGCUUGUGCUCUUCUCGCAGCCUUCUCUGUUGCCAAACUGGCCACUUUCCUGUAUGUCUGUCACCGCGUGUAAUUUGGGUUAUCGGAGUAUAAACAUCACAGGUGACGACCAUUUCAUCCGCGGGAGAGUAAGGAAUCAUCAUCGAUUUUGGAAUGGCGUCGGACAUAGCCCCCCAAAGCCAUGCCUCCAAAGGGAUUAUGACCUUUUAUCCCACUGUUGAGGAGUUCAAAAACUUCAGCCGCUAUGUCGCCUACAUGGAGUCACAGGGAGCACACAAAGCAGGCCUGGCCAAAGUGGUCCCACCAAAAGAAUGGAAGCCAAGACAUUCAUAUGACGAUAUUGACGAUUUGGUUAUCCCUGCACCCAUUCAGCAGGUGGUGACAGGCCAGUCGGGCCUUUUCACUCAAUACAACAUUCAGAAGAAAUCGAUGUCUGUUAAAGAGUUCCGUAAGAUUGCAAACAGUGACAAGUUCUGUAGCCCUCACUAUGAUGAUUUUGAUGAACUGGAAAGGAAGUACUGGAAAAAUGUGACAUUUAAUCCUCCUAUAUAUGGAGCUGACGUCGGUGGCAGUCUGUACAAUCCGGAAGUGAAAGAGUGGAACAUUUGCCAUCUAAAUACCAUUUUAGACACGGUGGAAUCUGAAAGCGGCAUCACCAUUGAGGGUGUGAAUACACCCUACUUGUAUUUUGGGAUGUGGAAGACCACCUUUGCAUGGCACACUGAGGACAUGGACCUCUAUAGCAUCAACUACUUGCACUUCGGAGAGCCCAAAUCCUGGUACUGCGUGCCUCCAGAGCAUGGGAGAAGAUUUGAGCGUCUGGCUCAAGGUUUCUUUUCUGGCAGUGCUCAAACUUGUGAGGCCUUUUUGCGGCACAAGAUGACCCUAAUAUCACCUUCUAUACUGAAGAAAUACGGCAUUCCAUUUGAAAAGAUAACCCAAUAUGCCGGCGAGUUCAUGGUCACUUUCCCGUAUGCUUAUCAUGCUGGCUUCAACCAUGGUUUCAACUGUGCUGAAUCUACCAACUUUGCCACACAGCGGUGGAUUGAGUAUGGGAAGCAAGCUAUUUUGUGCUCGUGCCGCAAGGAUAUGGUAAAAAUCUCCAUGGAUGUGUUUGUCAAAAAAUUCCAGCCAGAUCGCUACGAACAGUGGCUGGCUGGGCGAGAUACAGCCCCUAUCGACCACUCUCGACCCACUCCAGAAGCUAAGGAGUUCCUGGGCGAUUCUUUUAACACCUUUUACAAUAGUAGCAGCUGCUCUGUGGAUAGCGAUCGGGAUGAUUUAGGGCGGAAGAGUCCACUUCAAAGAAUUGAGACCAAGAGACACCGGGUGUGCCUGGAGCUGCCGGAAGAGGUUGUUUCCGAAGAUACAGAUGAGGAAAUGAUGCUGUAUGCGAAGCGGCCAAGACUAAAUCUUUUACCACCACGUAUGACACCACAGGACGGCAAGCGAAAUAAAGGUCCGCCAAAGUUGGUCGUCACACCGACGAAGCUCACAUUGUUGGAUCCAUUUCACAGGGGUUUAAACACAAGUGAUUCAGGACACACGCCUCACUACACAAAGACUCGUCCCCCUGCGUUUUCGUCCCAAAACGGUCACCUGUCUGCUACAUUGACGCCGGCAUGGACACCUUCCCGCAAAAUGGGCGUGGCCAGCUUGCUCUUCCAUCGGACACUCACUCAAAAAGACAUCUUACAAGUGCACAGUUACCCUCGAGAAAAAACGCAGACGCACACGAUGCUGCAGGUGCACAGUUACGCCAGGGAGCAGAAGCCCUGUCAUCUCCCACACGGAAGCGCCACAGUGUCACCAUCUCGGUCACCGACCAGUGGAAACACUGAAUCGAGGGUAGAAUCUAGAAUAUCUGUCACCAAAGUGGUACUCAGUCAAACAGAACAUUCUGCGGAACAGGAGCAUACACCCAGUGUUUCGAUUCCCAAUGAUUUUCAGAAUGCAACCAUUGCUGAGCCCACCUGCCUUACACAGCCCACCGAGGUCAUCAAAAUGGAGAGCACCAAGAACCAAAACAAAAGAAAGGUGUCAGAAGAGCAGUCCUACUGUAUGUCAGUGCCCACCAGGCAGCAGCAGCAGCAACACCAACUCAGAAAACUUCCACGCCACCACCCUCUCUUCAGAGAGAUACACAGCGAUGAUGAAAUGUUCGGCAAUGUGACGGUGACGGUAGAGCAAGAAGAAAAAGAGGAAUGGGCUAAGCCACUAAGGAAGCUGUGGCAGUGUUGGCCAAUAAAUCCCCAGGUAGAGUGGGAGUACAAUAAGAGAAUGGGCGAACAGGCUCCAUACUGCUCCAUCUGCCUACUUUUCUACACCCACCAUCAGUCUGAGGCCAGUGACGGGGAUUCCAGCGUGACAUUGGUGAACCGCCAAGGUUGCCAGUGGUCCAAACCUCUCAUUCCUGAGAUGUGUUUCAACACGCACACCAACAAGGCCAGCGAAAGCGGGGAAGGCCAGCUGUCUAACCCUCACAUCACAGAGGACGGGACUAGCCGGCUGGUCAGCUGUUCUCAGUGCUGCGUCCGUGUCCACAGCAGUUGCUAUGGUGUAACCAGAGAAGAAGCAGAGCAGGAUGACUGGCUGUGUGCUCGCUGCAAAGCUGAGGCUACUUCUGAGGAUUGCUGUCUUUGUUCUCUCCGAGGUGGAGCUCUGCAGAGAGCCAACAAUGACAAGUGGGUCCAUGUGCUGUGCGCCAUCACUGUGCUCGAAGCUCGCUUUGUAAACAUCACAGAGCGGCGUCCCAUCGAUCUGUCUGCAAUCCCACUGCCUCGUUUCAGACUGAAAUGCGUUUUCUGCAGGAAACGGAUGAAGAGAGAGUCGACUGGCUGCUGCGUCCAGUGCUCCCACGGUCGCUGCUCCACAGCGUUCCACGCGAGCUGCGCUCAGGCCGCUGGCAUACUUAUGCACCCGGAUGACUGGCCAUUCAUUGUCUUCAUCACCUGUCACAGGCAUAGAGCGGCUGCCAUAGCUGAGCGCAAUAAGGACUCCAUGAGAGAGCUGGCGGUAGGACAGAGGGUGAUUUGUAAAUACAGAAAUGGUCGUUACUACCACAGUGAGGUUGUGGGACUGACCACGGCCACCUUCUACGAGGUUGCGUUCGACGAUGGCUCGUACAGUGACAACCUCUUCCCAGAAGAUAUUGAGAACCGGGAUUGCAUUCGACUGGGGCCCCCUGCGGAGGGCACUGCUGUGUCAGUGCGAUGGACUGACGGGUUGCUGUACGGGGGCAAGUUUGUGGCGUCCCACUCCAUCCCUAUGUACCUGGUGGAAUUUGAAGAUGAAUCUCAAAUUUCCGUCAAACGCGAAGACGUGUACACCUUAGAUGAAGAUCUUCCAAAACGGGUUAAGUCACGACUGUCAGUGGCGUCAGACAUGCGCUUUGAGCUCUUCGCUCAGAACGACGUCAAACAGAACUCCAAACGACAACGCGUCAUCAACUCUCGUUACAGAGAGGACUACAUCGAGCCCGUCAUUUAUCGGGCCAUCAUGGAGUGACGUUGGUUGGUUCGUUCACUUCCAAGGCCUGCCAGGCUUCAUAUUUAUAAAGUACGGCUGGGACUUCAAAAGAAUUUGAUGUGCUUUGAAUAACUCUUUCAUAUCAUUCUCUGUAGAUUUCCUUAUCCUUAAUUUAUUUUUUAAAGCGGUAAGAAGCCAUUAGCCAGAAAUCAAGUCGGGCAGAGGUUGGACUACUUUUGGAGGCAACGUGGGUUCUACUCCAUGUCACCUACAUGCAGCUCAGAAACCAUUUUUUCAUUUUUAAAGAGAGUGCUAUGAACUGUGGAGGUGCUGAGCUUGUCCCAGAUCACUCCAGUUACUGACCUGUCAAGUCGCAUUUGCCCAAAUAAUUUUAACAAUCCAGGCAGAGUGUCAACAAACCUGAAAUUUCCAUCCCAUCCCACAAUUACAAUUUUUUUGGCCAUCAGCCAUAUGCUGUGAAAAAUGAAGAAAAGCGCUCAAGCCUUAUUUCCCCAGCCCCGUAAAGUUUACGGAUUAUUUUGACUAUCUUGAGAAAUAAUUUAUGUGGGUGACUUAUGUUGAAGGAAAGAAACUAUUUUUGUCCUUUUUUGAAAUCUGUAGAAAACUUCAGAUGUAUUUAUAUUUAUUAUAAUGGCAGGUUUUCAGACACACUGUUAAUAGUUUUCCAGUUCUUUCGUUGGAUGUGCAUCUGUCUGAACAAUGUCCCCGUUGACGACACAUGGCCAAGACCUGUGCUUCCCUUCUUUUUGUCUGGCGACUGCGAGUACGAUUCAAAUAAGAAAGUAGUAGUUUAAUCCCUCACGAACACAGCAUGGAUGACCUUCAAUUAGGGUCAACUACUUUAAGUAUACAAUUAUCUUUACCGCGUAGCUAUUGGUCACUGUUAGGUCUUUGAGUGAAGGUACCAUUGUGUCUGUCUUUGUAAACCUUCAACUGUUUGAGUAAAGUUUGGGAUAAGAAAAACUGUUUAUAUGUCAGUGAUUUUCAUGAAAUCAUUUAUUAGAAAUCAGAACGUUGCAGCAGUUUUUCAUUUUUAUCCCGUGCAUAUUUUUUCCCACACAAAUGUAAAAAGGUGUCUUAAUAAAAGCUUUGACAUUUUAUCAAAACAGAGGCUAAAGAUUUAU